AUGAGCGUUGAUCGGCAUCUGCUGCAAAGUCAACAGCAGGCACCACACGCUUCCGCACCGGAUAAGCCUGCCGCACCAGAAUGUGAGGCCCAACUUCCCACAGUCGACACAGAAGAUCCAGAGACAGAUGAGGCUCCGCUUUUCGGCACGAGCGAAAGCGAGGACGAUGUAGGGGACGGUGACGUCCUGAACAGCGGCUGGGCUCAACCACAGCGGAGUGAGCAUUUGCAGCGACUAUUGCCUUCGCCUCCCGCAUCUACAUGCCACUCACGCUCGCGCACCUCCACUGGUAUUACUUUGCCCGUUGGCAGGGGCUCUCCAAGAAGAGUCGGCACAGUGCUCAGUCAAUCUCCUGAAAGUGGUCAACUCACGCCACUCGACGACCCCAGAAGGUCUCCAAGAUUCUCCGACGCGGCCAGCGAUCAUAGCGAAGUGGUGCAAGUCAACUGCCACGAUCGGGCAGUCUGCGAAGGGCACCCGCCAGAGGUGCCCGAAUCCACUCGAGCGACCUGUGCGACCCUUCCGCGAUCCAAUGGAUCGAGCGUGACAGUAGUCUCGGAAUCUGAACCCUCUUUUAUCUCAACCCGAGCAAUCGGUGCCGAUUCCACUUGUCGACCACGGUCUCGACCUCCUAGCCGGAACAUGUCAGCCCAGACCUCCCAGCCCGAUGCCUUAGUACCCCGGCGGGUACACAGAAAACGCCCCAGCCCCACUCCAGAGCCCGUGGUCUGGGAGGCCGCACGCGUAUCUGUUCCCGCUCGAGCUCUUCCUCCGGCACGUUUCGCAUCAACACGCACCGAGCCACGAGGAGACCCUGCAAAGCCGGGCACGAAUGGUUCGGAUGAUUCACCAACCACGUUUGAUGAGGAAGUGCACUUGAGAGCUCGGCUCAAUACUCGAGGAGGACUGGCAGCUGCCGGGGCUACUGGUCUGACCCGCAGAGCAAGGAAACAACGUCGGCUGGAGUCUCUUGUGGGAGAUGCUCGCGAUGAAAGGACAUCAAUCAGCUCGACACCAAGCUCGCCUCUUCAGGCAGACUCUAGCGCACGCGAAUCGCCAUCUGACCAGAACCAUGAUAGGGAAGGCGUCUCAAAUCCUCCUUCGGCGUCAGAGGAAGCUAUGCAGAGUGUCGCUGCGCCGACAAGUCACUCCAGCACAGCACAGUCAUCACCGGGCGUAAGCGGGUCUGCUCUCAACGAGAUGUCAGUGGCCCCGGCAUCCAGAAUUUGCGCUCCAAAGGGCACUGCAGAGGCAUCGCGGCCGAAUCGUCAGCUUUCGAUCGUGUCAAUCGGCAACGAGGACGCAACUUCUACGUCCGCUGCGCAGCGCUCUUCCCAAGCGGUAGUGCCCACGCAGCCCUUCAUCCGGCACAGAGUCACUACAACGCAGCUCUUCAACUUUCUCCAUGCCCAGCAACAUUCAGAGCCGUCUGUCGUUCACUCGCCGCUCCCAUCACAAAGGCCUGUUGCAUCUGCAGCCUCGACCCAUUCUCCCGCAGCAAGCAGUCAAAUAGACAUUCUUGAUGCGGCGGAAAGCCAUCUCAACGACGCCCAGAAAGCUGAGCUGCGCCGCCAAACCUCGAUGCGAGAAAAAUGGCUGCUAGACUCUCAUAUUCGAGCUGCACAAGCUCGACAUGAGCAGAUUUUGCAUAGUUUAUUGAGGACCAAGGUGGACCAGCACGUCCUCCAGUCUGGAGCUAAAAUUGUCAAAGAGAGGAUCGCGAAGCUUCUCGGCGAUACAAAAUAUAAGCCAAUGACUUCUUUGGACGGAAAAGCGGCUCAUGAGCACCAAGCGAGCGGCGAGACUGCGCGCACCAAGUCUGGCAUGUCUCCAGGAGAGCCUCAAGAUCACGGUGGCAAAGAUAGAGCUUCUGGGACUCAGGCGAGCGUACAGAAUCCGCUGCUCCCUCCUUCGCGUGUCAUGCAGCAUGGUGGUAGCACAUCGAUCCAACAAGAUGCAAGCACCACAGCCUCCAGUGGUUCUCGUCGUGAAGUGCCACGAGACGAAGCUGGUUCGUCGGAUCCGAAUCUAACCCGCGUGAUAAGCGCACCAGAUGAGCUCGACACUGUCGAAUCGUACUUCCUUUCCAAGGAGAACAGCGGCGGCGAGGCAUCACUAACCGAAGCUGGACGACCAGAGCGCGAUGACACCUAUGCGCAGAAUCUUCAUGCACUCAACUUGAGACCCGAAGAUCUUUGGAUACCCCCCUCUCUGGAAGAAGCGUUGGCCAGUAUCAGUCGUAAUGUGUGGGAGGACGAUUUAAACGAUCUUGGCGCGUUCGAAUCAACCUCCUGA